AUGGGUCAAAGCUUGACGCGGCGGUGUCUGAGGUAUCAGGAGUUUGGUCUCAACUGCAAUUACCUCAGCGAAAGUGUUGAGAAGGAGCCUUACAGUGCCGGUAGAUACUAUUUGGGCAUCACCAACAGCUUUAUCAAGUUCCCCCGAACCGUAAAGUCCAUCUCAUUUCUUGAAGAUUGGACAGAGGGAAGCCAAGGACCUGCCUUGCAAAGCCGCACGAAGGAUGGUCUGACAGUUCAUUUGGAGGUCUCAUUCCAGUACCAGUUGAUGUUUGACCAGCUGUACACCUUGUGGUCUACACUUGGGGAAGACUAUGAGAAGACCUUCGUACGAAUGGCGAUUGAGCAGUUGUCAACAGCAACCACACAUCACAAUGCCCAUUUUUUCUUCAGGAAUCGAACCUUCGUCAGCAAGGAGAUGCAUCGGAAACUGGACGACCCGUGGCAACCGGGAAGUUGUGUCACACAGCCACUGUCACAGCCACUGUCGCACAGUAUCUCCUCCAAGGAGCACUUCAAGCAGCAUGCCUUUGCAGAGGUGCCCUUCUUUCAACUUCGGACUGUUCACCUGCCAGAUGCAUUUGAAGACGCCAUUCGCGAGACGCAGGUGCAGGAGCAGCACAUUCAAAUCGCACGGCUGGAGCAGGAGACGAAAAAGGUCACCUUUGCAACGGAAGUGCUAAAGGCCCAGCAGGCAGUGCAGAAGCUGCAAAAUGAGGCAGAGGGAGAAGCACAGGCCAUUGCAAAGAAGAACGACGCCUUUUGUGAACAAUACAAACUCACACAGCAGUUGCAAGUGCAUGGGCUACAGUCUGUGGUUUCGAAGACAUUUUGGAACGGCUUUGAGCUCCUGAACUACUUGGGCAUCCGGGCCGUGCGAGAUCAUCCUUCCGCCAAGACUAUGAUCAGCAUUUGA